UUCUUAUUAUGUGCCUAAUUUGGGAGGCUUAAUAAAGUCAAGAUUUACACGUGCAGUGCAACAAUUAAGAAUUUCUCAUUCUGGAUUUCGAAUAUUUAAUUUAUAAAUAAUCCUAUAUAUAGCUGAAUCACUUCUAUUCAUUCAUAUGCUGCAAAAUAUACAAAUUAAUUAAGCUGGUGAAGGCUUAAAUUGGACAUGGGCAUUGCUCCUCUUACACCAAUCUCAGCAAAACAAACCUCCACCACGGGUAAAUCUAAAGAGGACACAGAAUAUAGUCUCAAGCCUCAAGCACCCCUUUAUGUAAGGCCAAAUUCAACAUUGUCCAAUGUCUUACCCUACAAUGGUGGCCAUCCACUCUCUCCUAAAGUUUCCAACCACCAUAUCACUGCCAAUCAUAUGCCGCCUCCAAACAUCACCGAAAGACCUCAGCCACCUCCAUUUCCACCUGCAACCCUCUCUCCUCAUAACAAUCAUACUAUUUCAAUUUGUAAUCAAACUUCACCAGUGUCUUCUUCUUUUCACUCGGAACCAUACAUGAACACUUGCUAUCCUAUAUACCCAUAUGUGUCAAUACCAACCACUGUCUACCCUCCUCCAUAGCCAGACACCUCUCUUCCUCUAGUCACCCCUGAUGGCGGUUAUCAGCACCCACCGCUAUGUUUUCCUCACGCCACCGGCGUCUACCCUCCAGUUUUUCCAGAUGGAAGCCCUUGGUAUCCGCCACCGCAGCAGCUCACAGAGGAACAUUGUAGGCACCACUCUCCUCCAUCCUUAAUGGCGAUGGAGUGUCCACCAUCACCACCGCCUCACAAUGUUUAUCCACCUCCCCCUGCUAUCUAAGGCAACCAUCUUAAUUGGAUUCAAAUAUGCUUGCUAAGCACAGCCAUAUGUAAAGGACAUUGAGAUCCUAACAAGUACUCUUGAUAUAGAUCUUAAAAAAACAAACCGUUAUCAGAUUAAAUAUUUGUGAUUUCUUUCCCACUGUGUACCAUCACACCUUUCAUCUUUGUUGACAGGCUAUUGAUUGAAAUUUUAAGAGAGCAACAAUUUGGUAGCAAUGGUGCCUUGAAUAUUACAAUUCAAAUGUAAUCAAGAAAAAGUUGUGUUGUAUUAAGAUAUAGGCAUAGAUACAAGGUUAAUAUGAUGGCAGUAGUUGUAUAUAACCUUAUAUGUUAGCUUGAUAGUGC